GUUUUCAUCUCUACUACAAAUUGCCGCAGAUAGUUCCAGAAAGUUGUCUCCUUAUUGUGAUUGGACUGAUUUUAGGUGGAAUUAUAUUUGGGGCACAGGAAAAAUCUCCACCAGUGAUGAAGAACGAUGUUUUUUUCUUAUAUCUUCUUCCUCCAAUUGUCCUCGACGCUGGUUAUUUUAUGCCCACACGCCUCUUCUUUGAGAACUUCGGCACCAUUUUUUGGUAUGCUGUUGUGGGCACACUCUGGAAUUCUCUUGGCAUUGGCAUUUCCCUCUUUGCCAUUUGCCAGAUUGAGGCCUUUGGUCUGAGUGACAUCACUCUACUGCAGAGCCUACUUUUUGGGAGUUUGAUUUCAGCCGUGGAUCCUGUGGCUGUGUUGGCUGUCUUUGAAAAUAUUCAUGUCAACGAGCAGCUGUAUAUCUUAGUUUUUGGGGAAUCUCUCUUGAAUGAUGCUGUAACUGUGGUGCUGUACAACUUGUUCAAAUCUUUCUGCCAGAUGCGUACAAUUGAGGUCGUUGACAUAUUUGCUGGAAUUGCUAAUUUUUUUGUAGUUGGCAUUGGAGGAGUUUUGAUUGGAAUCAUUCUUGGAUUUGUAGCAGCUUUUACUACUCGUUUCACCCAUAAAAUUCGAGUGAUUGAGCCACUGUUUGUCUUCUUAUACAGUUACCUAUCAUACAUAACAGCUGAAAUGUUUCACCUUUCAGGGAUUAUGGCGAUUACAGCAUGUGCUAUGACCAUGAAUAAAUAUGUAGAAGAGAAUGUUUCUCAGAAGUCCUAUACUACUAUAAAAUAUUUCAUGAAAAUGCUGAGCAGUGUCAGUGAAACUCUUAUCUUUAUUUUUAUGGGAGUAUCUACAGUAGGAAAAAACCAUGAAUGGAACUGGGCCUUUGUUUGCUUUACACUGCUAUUUUGUUUGAUUUGGCGUUCAUUAGGAGUUUUUGCAUUGACUCAGGUAAUAAAUGUAUUUCGGACAAUUCCUAUAACAUUUAAAGACCAGUUCAUUAUCGCCUAUGGAGGCCUCCGAGGAGCUAUAUGUUUUUCUCUGGUCUUCCUGCUCCCUUCUACUGUUUUUCCUAGAAAGAAACUUUUCAUUACCGCUGCUAUCGUAGUGAUCUUCUUUACUGUGUUCAUUCAGGGAAUGACAAUUCGCCCACUAGUGGACUUUCUUGAUGUCAAAAGAUCAAAUAAGAAGCAACCAGCAGUCAGUGAGGAAAUCUACUGCCGGUUCUUUGACCAUAUCAAGGCUGGUGUUGAAGAUGUUUGUGGACACUGGGGUCACAACUUUUGGAGAGAUAAGUUUAUAAAAUUUGAUAAGAAAUACCUAAGAAGACUUUUAAUUAAGGAGAAACAACCAAAAUCAAGUAUUGUUACUCUGUACAAGAAAUUGGAAAUAAAACAUGCCAUUGAAAUGGCAGAGAAUGGGAUGUUAAGCACAGUUCCAUCUCUAGCUUCUAUCAAUGAGCCUCAAGAAGGAGAAAAAAUAAAUGCACCUUAUUCUGGCCAAAUGGAUAACAUAAGAGAGAUUUUAACAAAGAAUCUGUAUCAGAUACGACAAAGAACUCCAUCAUAUAAUAGAUACAGUCUUGCUGAAGAUGCAAAUGAAAAGCAAGCCAAAGAAAUUUUGAUUCGUCGCCGACAUAGCCUAAGGGAGAGCAUUAGGAAGAGCAACAGUUUGUCAAGACCAGUGCACAUGAAAUCACCACGUUACUUAUCACUACCUAAAAAUACUAAACUUGCAGAGAAAACACGGAAAAGAAAUCAAUCCUCCUUUAAAG